CGCGAUAGCGCUGUCAUGUAACCAUAGCAAUGGACAGAGGCAAAUGGGAGAAGAUACUCACCCAUUUUCAGGCAUGUGCACGUGGACACUUGGUGAGAAACGAAGUGCGACGUGCACGAAAAGACUUUGAAGACAUCGUGAAAGAGAUUGAUGGAGGCUUGACCCAUCUACAGUGGAGGGACUCGGUUAUCCCCAUCCCGCACUUCACAGACACUGACGGCCCGUUUCUACGACCCAGCAGCGCUGCCAGCAAAACUUCAGAUCCAGGGCUAGAUGUCAGUGCGAGUCCCCAGAGCCCAGCAGCAGCAGCAGCCUUAAGGCAGGAGAGAGGGGGAGAUCAUGAUCUCUUUCCACAGAAGAUAGCAGCUGAGAGAGAUGAUUCAGAAACGAAAGGCCAAGACCGUCAUCCCAGGGACUGUUUCCCUAGCAGCCAUACUGGGGGGGAUGGGGUGGGCCAGAGACAGAGGGGUGUGAGGGACCAGGAGGGAGAUAAAGAUGGGGGGAUCAUGGAGAGCACAGGAGACUCCACCACCGUCUGGAGCAGUUUGGAGCUAGAUGUGAACUACAGUCACUCUCACCAGGGUCCCCGGCAGUACUGCUUGGCUAAGGAGGUGCCCCAUACACCAGAGGCCCUGCGUCUCCAUAGAAACACCCUGACCAUGGAGCUGGUUUGGCUACAACAGGCCAUAGACAGCAGGAAAAAGUACUUGUCACUGAAGGAUAGGCUGACCAUAUCCUGA